CUCACACCAUCUCUCUCUUUCUCCAUCUUCUCCACUUGUUUUCUUCAUCUGUUUUAUUGAUCACUAUUUCAAUGGCGGCUUCUGGGUUUGAAGGUUUUGAGAAGCGCCUCGAGCUUCAUUUCUUCGGCGACGACCCUGUGGCUGGUGUCGACGACAUGGGACUCCGCCUUCUGGACUUCGAAUCACUCGAACAAAUCUUACAUGCGGUGCAAUGCACUGUCGUAUCCGCCGUCGGCAAUCAGUUCUUCGAUGCCUACGUCUUGUCCGAGUCGAGUCUUUUCGUCUACCCUAAUAAGAUUAUUAUCAAGACUUGUGGAACAACUCAGCUGCUUAAAUCCAUUCGCCCACUCAUCCACCAUGCGGCCAAUCUGGGUCUUACUUUAUCUGGCUGUCGAUAUACCAGAGGCAGCUUCAUCUUCCCCAGCUCGCAGCCUUUCCCCCAUACCAGCUUCAAAGAAGAGGUUAUCUACAUAGAAGACAACCUCCCUGCAAACCUCUGUUACAGAAAAGCUUCUGUUAUGCCCUCCAAGCUUCCUUCCCAUUCGUGGCAUGUUUUCACUGCCAGUGACCACCAGAACGCUACCCGCUUCUACACCCACGUCCCCGACGAUCUUUACACCGUCGAAGUCUGCAUGACAGAGCUCGAUCCUGUUCUGGCUCGCAAGUUUUUCCAGCGGCAAGGAGAUGAAAAAAACGGGGAUACCGCCGGAAAGGACAUGACCCAAAUCAGCGGGAUAGACUCUAUAAAUCCUGGCGCUAUCAUCUGUGAUUUUGCCUUCGACCCGUGCGGGUACUCCAUGAACGGCAUUGAUGGUGAUCGUUACUCCACCAUCCACGUCACCCCCGAGGACGGCUACAGCUACGCCAGCUUCGAGUGCGUGGGGUCCGUCUACGAGGACCGGGAUGAUAUUACAAAGGUUUUGAAGAAGGCGGUUCAGGUUUUCCGGCCGGCUACUGUGUCAGUCUCCACCACCUGCAGGCGCGAGGUGUGGGGGCGCGUUGCGCGUGCGCUGGAACCUCUGGGGUUGAAAUGCAGGAGCCGCGUGGUGGACGAGUUCCCCGCGGCGGGCAGCGUGACGUUCCAAACAUUCACGACUCGCCGGAAGUAAUCGGAAUGAGAAGAAUGCGACGGUGAUGGUGAUGGUGAUGGUGAUGGUGAUGGUGAUGGUAGAUACGACGGUGACGGUGGGAGAGAAAGAGAGAGAUGUGAAAAGAGAAAAAGAAGAAAAGAGUUUUAGGGGUUAUAGUAGAGAGUUUAGUUGAAAAUAUUUUUAGGGCGGGUGAUAUAUUGUUUUUUUGGUUGAAAAUGGAAGGUGACGAUGUGGAUGAUUGUGAUUGGUUGGUUACGGUGACGAUAUGGGAAUUUUGAGUGGAAAUAGAAGAAGAGAGGGAGAGACGGUGUGGAAGUAGCAAAA